CGCUCCACCUCCCCAACUCUCCUUCUCUUCACUUGCACUUCAACUUCACGCCUGCUCCCUAUAUUUCGCUGCAAUCACAGCACAUGAAAAUUCGAGAUAUUACUGUUCAGCAAGCAACUCCUCUACUUCCUGCGAUCCCUAGUCUGCGACUGGCGCGGACUCCACACCCAUUUCAGCCAACCAGCCGCCGUCACGUUCCGUCGCGUCUCUGCGCGUCUCGCCGCUGCAAGUCUGGGGUCGCGAUCUACGCAAAUCAUCGAUAUCAACAAAGUCCAUCAGCACGGCUGCAAACUAGACUGAAUUUGAGUAUCGAAUUGUUACUAGUCUUCUGUGACAGGAAUCCACGCAGAAAUUGAUUUUAUCUCGCAGUGUUGCUUCCUGCGGCGACUAGCACCGUGUCGCCACUCAGUAAGUGCCAAUCUGCUUUGUUUUGGUACUCAUUACCUACCCUAUUACUUGUCCCAAUGAGCAAAAGAUCCCCGUGUGCCUCAUGAAUAUCACCUGGCGCUCAACCUGCCAAAGUCAAAUUAGAGAGGUUUCCCUAUUGGCUUCGUCACUUUCUUUUCAGACCUGGCUUGGCUGUUUGCUGGAUCUUUGCUCCCUUCAGAUCACUCCGUAUCUGCGAUUUCUAUAAUCAUUCAGAUUGGGUUCUUUGUUAUAAGACAAUUAUUCUUGCGUUAAACUACAAUCCUUUCUGGGCAUAUCGAUACUAAUCUGUUACGCUAGGAUGGCCACUAAACGCACACGUCGCCGCCAAAAAGGCUAUGUCACUGAGCCGGAGGACGAAGAAGCCGUUGAGACAUUGCUUGACUUUUUGCCAGGGCCUACGCUGCCUGCUGUCCCCAUUGCAAACUCUUGGAACUACGGCGCAACCACAGGGACGGGUCUCCCUCGAAAGAUGGCAUUGCAGCCGGCCCUGGAUGCCAACCGAGUGGCCAAGAGAAUCAACGCCGGGCUUGAUAUGGCAGAAAAAAGAUCAGCCAGCCCCCCUUCGCGGAGGAUUACGCACAGCAAUCUUGAGCCCAUUGGGACUCGUAUUCGAAAAACUGCUCCCAAAAAUGCGGGCCCCGUUCCCCGAAGAAACAAACGGCAGCCUACUCCAGACCAGACCCAGUUGAUGCAUACGCUACAAAAUGCAACUCAUUCUCCGCCUGGAACUGAUGCUACGCCUUCUCCCCCUGUCGCACAAACAGUCUCUACAGACUCCAGUCCUCCCGUUGACCCGCCUUUACCACGACGGCUGUCAGACUCAGCGAAUGAGACUUUAUACCCGUCACCGCUUAAGCGUCGUGGAAACCACAACACUGAUGCUAUUGUGAGAAGCUCGCCUGAUCGACAGAGCUCGGUCGAUAAUGCCUCCGAGGUGUCGUGGAAUCUAGAACGCGAUAUUCAUGAAGACGACUUGCAACGAACGAGACCAAGCAAAUAUCGCGGAGAGCCCCAUGGCCAAAAUAUCACCAAACCCCCUCGACGCCCUUCGGGUCUGUCCAUGAUCCAAGACACAAUUCUGGAGGAAGUGGAAGAGCAAUCGGAGCUGCUCUCCCAACCGGCGAAAAAGAUCGAUACCGUCGGCAAGAUGGCAACUGUACGUCCGUCGGAAGAAUGGGAGGCGCCGGUGCGGACCAUCAUUCCACAGGAAUAUGAAUCAAGAAAUGUCCCGGAGAGUCCUAUUCGCAGAGAUAGCCUGGCUCAGCAGAUUUGGUCUACGAUGUCAUCACAACGACCUGGAACCCGUACGAACAAAAUCUUUACGCCCGCACGAAGGAGCAAGUGGCUUCAAGCAUUGCUUAUCUUACUUAUUCCUCUGGGCCUGUUCUCUGCUUUUUACUACCAGGACGAGAUUUUCCAAAGCUUCCAGAGUGACACUAUGACAAGAAUCCGGUGGUGCCUACCAUUUGGAAGAUCACCGAUAGACUUCUCGUCCAAUAUGACCGACUCUGCAGCCUUCCACGGUCUGCAAAACAAAGUGACGAAUAUAAAUUCGCAGUUCUCGUCUCUAUCGCGCGAACUCAGUUCAAUACGGUCAGAGCUCGCUGAAUCCCCGCGAACGACCAGCAUUGUCAGCCCCGGCCGGCCUACUAAGCCAGUGCCCAGGAUCAAUUUCCUGUCACCGGGAAUGGGAGCAGUCGUUAAUCCGAAAAAGACUUCUCCGACUGUUGCCCGGGAGCUGACUUGGGAUCAGAGACUCUACCUGUCCAUACCCAUCCUUGGGUCCAAGUAUGGUGUCCAGACUCCGCCCCCUCCUAUGACUGCCCUGGAGCCCUGGAGCGAGGUCGGGGACUGCUGGUGCGGCACUCUUCGCGAUGGUGUCUCUCAGCUGACCGUUCAACUCCAAUACCCUAUCGUCCCGGAGGAGUUUGUGGUUGAGAACAUUCCCUUCGGUGCAACCCCUGACCCAUAUACUGCGCCCAAGGAUAUUGAAGUCUGGGCUCAUUACGGGGUAUUUCCCUCCUCGAACCAGAAGGUGGAGGAAAUAUCGGGAUCGUCUUUCACGUGGAGUGACCUCAAUCCCUGGAAGGCCGAGACCCAAGAAGGGAAAGAGCUGGAUCAUGUUGAGAAACUCGUCUCCGUGACCGAGGAGACUCUUCCUCUCGUGGUGAUGAGCACCUUGCGUAUAGCCAACAAGGGUCUACCCGAGGAUGAAUACUCGGGUGAUCCCAAUUUGGGUCGGAACUUUUACCGCAUCGGCAAGAUGAGAUAUGACCUUCAUGGCGAGGACUAUAUACAACAUUUCUCGUUUGAAAGCACCAUCGAGAUCCCCAAUCUUCGUGUGGAUCAGCUCGCGUUCCGAAUGAAGUCUAAUUGGGGCUCGAAUCAGACGUGCAUCUACCGAUUCAAGCUUCAUGGGCAUAUGUGAGAGUCUGAAGGCCAGAGUAUAGAUAGGUAGACAUCGUGUUAUUGUUCUCGUCUUUGUUUCUCUUGUCUCCGUGUCUCCUUUCCCUCGGUUCAUACCGGCUCUUUGAAUAUCCAGUCCGGGUUGGAGGGUAUGUUUUUUGCUUCUUCUUCUUCUUCUUCUUCUACUUUCUUCUGUUCUCUGCUCGGCGAUGAUACCUUGCAUUUAGCGCGUUGCAUGGCUGUGUGGAUGGUGUUUGAGGGAAUUGGUACUUUUGAGACUUGGAAUACAGCUAAUCUUCCGGAUGUUCAUACCCGCUUCCGAGAAUCGGUUAGAAAUAAGACAUCCACAUUGUAGACUUGGCCAUAUACUGCAAGGGAGAUCCAACAGCGCCAGAGGCCUACUAGGCCAGUCAGAAAGCG